UCCCUUCCUCUUUCUCUCUCUAGCUCUCUCUCUCUCAGAAAUCCUCACUCGCUCACUCACUAACUAGACAGUAGCUCACCCCUCUUUCCGCCGGAGACAAUGCAUUACCAGACGGAGUCGUGGAGCACGUACCUGCCGGCGGCGAGGCCCGUCGGCGACCCGGUGGAGCGCAUCGAGCGGAUGGCGGCGGAGAGCGCGGUGGUCAUCUUCAGCGUCAGCACCUGCUGCAUGUGCCACGCCGUCAAGAGCCUCUUCUGCGGCAUGGGCGUCAACCCGACCGUCCACGAGCUCGACCACGACCCCCGGGGGAAGGAGCUCGAGAAGGCCCUCGCCAGGCUCUCCGGCGCGCCCCCCUCCGCCGCCGUCCCCGUCGUCUUCAUCGGCGGCAAGCUCGUCGGGGCCAUGGACCGCGUCAUGGCCAGCCACAUCAACGGCACCCUCGUCCCCCUCCUCAAGGAGGCCGGCGCGCUCUGGCUCUGAUCGCCCCUCCCUCCUCCGCCGCCGCCGCCGCCGACGCCGACGCCGCCGUUAACGACCCCCCGUUUUUUUAGUGGGCUCUAACCAGGAGGAGGAAAAAAAAGAAAAGAAGGAAAAGACUAAGACGUUGACGUACACUGAUGGAACGAAGAAAAUGCAGAGGAAGAGGAGUUCGUUGGGCUGGUGUUUGGUCGUAGGUUGUCGCCUGUUCCGCUCCGGUUUAGGAUUAUGGCUGUCUUACUUUUGUUUUAGCAGAGCGUCCGGUGUCUUUUUGUUGUUGUCUUUUUGGUUUUGGUCAAAGGUCGUGCGUGAAGUAUGGACAGUGUGCGCGGUCGGCUUAUGUUGGUCUUCUCUUUUUUUUUUUUUUUUUUUGGGGUUUAUGUUGGGUUUUCCAUUGGUGACUGUAAUUUGCUCCCUCCUCUGUACAGAAAGCGAAGAAGAAGUUCCCAAAAAAUAGAAAAUGACUUCUCCUUGCAA